AGCGGCCGGGCCGGCCAUGAAGCCGUGGCGGGGAGCGCGGCGGGCGGCUCUGGGCCUGGCGCUGCUGCUGCUCCUCGCGCCGCCAGCGCGGGCCGUGGAACCCAUCAGCCUGGGGCUGGCGAUCGCCGGGGCCGCCGCCUCGGCCCUUACCGGCAUCAUCUCGUACCCGCGGCUCUACUGCUACUUUAGGGAGUGCUGCCUCCAGCGGCACGAGCAGCGCGUCGCCGCCGCGCUGCAGGAGAGCCUGGACAGACGGCUGUUCGGGCAGCACCUGGUCAGCAAGGUGGUGGUCAGGGCCGUGCGGGGCUUCCUCAGCAACGCCCAGGCCAAGAAGCCGCUGGCGCUGUCCCUGCACGGCUGGACGGGCACCGGCAAGAACUUCGUCAGCAAAAUCAUCGCCGAGAGCAUCUAUAAGAGGGGGCUGAAGAGUAACUACGUCCAUCAGUUCGUGGCUACGCUGCAUUUCCCUCACGCUCACAGCAUCAACCUCUACAAGGACCAAUUGCAGUCAUGGAUUCGGGGAAACGUGAGCAUCUGCCCCAGGUCAAUCUUCAUAUUUGAUGAAAUGGAUAAAAUGCACGCAGGACUCAUUGAUGCCAUCAAGCCAUUUCUGGACUAUUAUGAGCUUCUGGAUGGAGUGUCGUACCGACAAGCCAUCUUCAUAUUCCUCAGCAACGCCGGAGCUGAAAAGAUAACAGAAGUGGCACUCGAUUUCUGGAGAAACGGGAAGGAGAGGGAAGAUAUACAGCUCACAGACAUGCAGAACGCGCUGUCUGUGUCUGUCUUCAAUAACAGAAAUAGUGGAUUUUGGCACAGCACCUUGAUUGAUAGAAAUCUCAUUGACUACUUUGUUCCCUUCCUGCCUCUGGAAUACAAACAUGUGAAAAUGUGUGUCAGGGUUGAGAUCGAAUCCCGUGGCUACGCUGUGGAUGAAGACAUUUUAACCAGAGUAGCAGAUGAGAUGACCUACUUCCCCCGAGAGGAGAGGAUUUAUUCAGAUAAAGGAUGCAAAACUGUGGAUGCAAAGCUGGAUUAUUACUAUGACUUAUAAGGCUUUCUUGCUGCAACCUGUAAAGAAGCGAAUUUAACUUAAUCAUGAAGUGGAGAACCCGGGACAUUUCAUUUGUAAGCACUUCUUAAAGGAAGGAACGUUGUUUUAAUUGGUAUGUAAAGAAGCAGCAGCACCUCUGCAUUUUUAUUCUGUCACUACUCAUGGCUCCCAGCACGGCAGCCUCAUGCCAUCAAGGUAAGGAAGAGCUGCAUUGUGAACUGAGGGCUCUGACGGUGCUGAAGACUUCUCCCACGUGGUGUGGGUCAGCAGAACCCCAGGGCAGGCUGUGGGUACGGAUGGUGGGACUGAGGGUAUGAGCAAAUUGCAAUCAUUGCUUGGGUUCCUGUGGGUGGCGUCUGGGCAAUACAGAGAAUCAUGAUGGAAGUCCCUGUUUGUGAAAGCCUUCCCUGGGCUCGUGUUGGGAGCAUUUCUGGAGCAUUUCUCUAAUGGCAUUACGAGCAGAUGUGUGUUUCCUCAGCCAGCUUGGCUCCAGCAAGAAGAAGGGCAGAUUCUGUAAUUAAUAUAUAUGGAUGUAUAUUGGUAUUGCACAUCAUUGGAAAGAAUAUCUUUCUCAAAAUAGCCACAUAAACUGGUUUUCUUUGAGUCAAAGUUAAGAAUAUGAAACUCUUUGGUGUCAAUAGUGUUCAGUAGGAGGACUUAAUGUUUAUAGAGAGAGAUGAGUUGAAAAUCCCUGGCUGUCUCAUCACUGGGGUUGGUCCCAGUUUUGGGUUAUUUCUUCUAUGGAUGAAGUUGCCUGCCAUGUGCUCUCCCAGGUGUGAUCUGCCUAGGAGGAGAGCAGUGUGCUUUGUGCCUGGUGAGCUGGCUGCAGGGAAAGGCUGGGACUUAAUGGGAAACGAGUGCAGGUUGAUUUUUACACCCAGGAACUGGAAAAGAGGUUUCUCCUUCCCUAUGUAAAGAAUUCAGAAGGCAGCUUGCAGGGUUUUCCCUUUUUCCUGUCCUCCCAAUGCUGUCUGCCUUUGAGGUUUGGGAUGAAAACGGAUCCAAAUGCAUAUGGAAAAGCUGUGAAAUGCAUCACCUGAAGUUACUGCGGUGUGUCAGACUUCUUUCUGAAUGUGAGCACUGCAGAGCCUUUUGCAUUCCAGUUUCUAUUCACAAUAAAUUCUUCCCAUCAGAAA